AUGCAAGGUACCACUUGGGCCGCCGUCGCUGCUGGCAGCCAAGUCCAAGCGCCGGCGAGCGCUGUCGUUCCCACUAGCAAGAAAUCACAGCUUUCCGCUAUAGCCAAUGAUGGUCAGAAUUCAACCGCCGCAAAGGUCAAGUCGCGCUCUGCCAAUGCGUCCGACGCAAAUAGCGAUGUCCCGAAAAAAGAUGUGACGGCCGGUACAAAGUCUACCAUCGUCGCUGUUCUCGAAAAGACGUCGACUCAGAAGAACAACCACAAGGAAAAGGAGUCUGCUGUAGUCUCCAAGCCUCCCAAUGCAAUUGAAGAGCAGAUUCAAAAGGCACCGGACGCCGUCACAUCCUCUGUCGUCGGAGCGUCGCACACAUUAGGUGCUAAUAAGAAGAAGAAACUCUUGGUCAAUGCUCCAGAGUCAACUGUCGGCAACUUGUCCCCCCAUUUGAAGAUAACAAGCCAGGACAAUGUUACAGACUCAUCUCUGCCUGUCGCAAACGAGGUAUCCAUUACCCCUAUCAAGAAAAGGAACAAAAUCAAGAUGUGGAAAGCCGGUCACAAAGUCAAAGACGCCAAGAAGGUGGUACAUGAGGUAGCGAAGAGUACUUUGAAGCCUUCGGGUGUCAUCAAUGGCGCCGACCAACAAGUCUUCGACUCCAAUGUACACAACCCGGCAAACAAUGCUAUGACGGCGAACAAGUCGGAUGCUGUCCUAGCUGAACCCGAUCGCAAGGGUCUAGAAUAUACCUCGAUCGUUGAAUGUGUGCACGUAUCUACGGCUGUCUCGGAGGCGGCUCUUGCAUCCGAUGCGUCGGCCUUCGACACUCCGACGCCCGCAGCCUUGCCUCUGGUUGAGACUGAGCUCUUGGAGCAGCCUAAGCACAGCGCUCACGCUCACAAGAACAGUGACUCUACGGAACUCUCAGUCCAUACCGUGCAAGACGCAGGAAUCGCACGAACUCGGUCGGUGGUAUCACGCAAACGUAUAACCCACCACGACGUUGAGACAUACGUCGUGAGCCUCGGUCUUCCUGGCAUCUCGUUCGACGAAUUCGGUGUCUGCAUCGCAUCUGAUGCUCCCGAUUGGGUUCGCGGUCGCGUUGCUCGUAGGGUAUACUGGCUUGUUUCGGACUUCAAGGCGGGUAAGACUGCGACAGAGAUUGAUAUAGCUACCGAGCUUGAACUCGAGAAGAAGGAGAAAACACACUUUCAUCAGGCGGUAUGGGAUCGCCUAUUCCUGAUCGAAGACUGGAGGAAUCCGAUCAGCGACCAAGAACGCCUCGACUUAGAGCCCAUGAUGCGGGAGUUUGAUAUGAAGCUCGCCGCCAGACUAAUUUCUGACUCUCCCUCCACAAAGGUGGACGAUAAAGUUGGAGAGGAGAAGCCCCUGGACAAAGUCGAUACUUACUCGUCUUCGUUGCUGUCCAUUGGGGAAGUCGAGUUCCAACCCCCAGUUCACCAGCAGACCAACUUUCAACAGGAUCAUAGCAACAACGACACUCAAGUGCUGCGGCCUAAUUUCCGGUUACCCUCUCAAGAACUGCCUCCGGCGAACCGUGUUGUCCCCGGUCUUCAUUCGUCUUUCAAGGCCACAGCGAAUGACCACUCUUAUCUUGUACCUUUCAUGCUGGAUCCGUCACUCGAAACAUCUUCACUGCAAGAGAACGGUCAAAACUCUCCGCAGCACCAUCGACCAGCAAGCAGGCAGCUUUGCCACAACUUCGCCAACGGCUACUGCUACUACAGAACAGCCUGUCACUUCAUACACGCUGGCCCCGGUGAGGUUCAAGCCGUUGCUGGCCCAAGCCAAGGAAAUCCGCAGGAGCACAACCAGAACCCUCGUCGACAACGCCAGUCGAAGAGCACGCAGCCCUGCCGCAAUUACGUGAAAGGCUACUGUCCUUACGGAGCGACCUGUCAUUACGUGCACAUUCAUCAUGGUGAAUAUCAAGCCGUUGCUGAAUCGUGCCGACAGGAUUCUACGUAUGACGUGUUCGACUUCUCGCGUUCUGUGUCGCGGUCAUCAAACAACAGGGGUACGGCAGGUCGUCUGAAUUCUCAGUCGAACGACCGGAGACAAUCAACGCGUGCACCUUCUUCAAAUGCCCGUGUGUCAGGGUACUCGAAGACGAGGGCGCGACUUACACCAGACUCACAUAGCUCGACCCAGGGCUCGGCUAGGGGAUCUCGGCCCAACAAAACUCCCCAAAAGAAGAAGAAAGAUGAACCCAAGCACAAAGGCGGCAAGAAGUCACAAAACGUGAACCACUGA